CCUGUCUGGAAAAAAAAAAAAAAAAAAUCAUGUAAGCAAAGGCUGCAGGGAAUGCCUGUGACCACCAGGGGGCGGUGCUGCUAGCCGCUUGCCUCUUUUCCUGAUGGGUUCUUUCUACUCUUGAGCUGUGCUGCUCCUCUUCCGCCCCCAGAGCUUACAAAGGAAGAGGAUCCAACCCUUCAUGUCUGUCCCCUCCUCUCAUGCAGUAACUGCUGGCUGGAGAAGCCUGAGCCCUUGCAGUUCUCAGCCUAAGCACCCUGUGGGGUUACUUCAGAGCUGCUUUGGCUGGACCAUAAAGAUGCUUACCACUCCCAGGGAUGUCACCCCAAAUCUCCCCUCCCCCCGGACCUGCUGAUGAAAGGGGGUGCCACUCAGGCAGGUCCCACACCUUUCCCUCCCCAGCCCUGCCUGUGAGCCUGAGUGGGCCUGGAUGGUGCCCCAUGCACAGCUCUGUCAAGUGCAUAAUGAUUAUUGCCACCAUUUGCUAGCUCCCUGCCCGGCAUUUGACAGCCAUUAUCUGCCUCAGCACUCCCAGCCACCUCGUGAGGUCAGUGUCAUUAUCUGCCUUUUACUGCCUGGUAUUGCCAUUCAGAGAGGUGAAGUACCGUCCCAAAGGUCACUGCCAGUGUGUAGGGGAGGGCAGCCCAGAUCUGCCUCAUUCCGGUCUGUGUUUUCCACAGAGGCCUAUUUCCUUUUCCACAGUGACGCCAGUGCCCUUGACCUCCUCAUUCCCAGCCCACCCUACCCUAGAGCCUGCCCACAUCCCUAUUGAAGAAUGUCACCCCUUUGCCUUCACCCCCCCCCAUAGGUCAGAGGACUUCUUCCUGUCCCAUGCCUGAGUGAUGCUUAAGUGGCAGGAAUGGUCCUAUCUCAUUCAAGCAUAGGUGUGAGGCUGUGUGUGUUUGUGUGUGUGAGAGUGAGAGAGACAGACCCCAUGAUGGUUGAAUGAAUGUCACUGUGUACCCUGUGUGACUGCAACAGAUUUUUUUUCCAUUUUCAUAUGUGUGUGUGUGUGUGUGUGCGUUUGUGUGUAUGGACAUACAGAUGGCUAUGUGUUUACGUAGGUGUGCACACUUGUGGAGGCCCCUGACUUGAGGUCAGGUCAGUGAGACGGGUUCUCAAACCCAGAGCUCACUGAUAAUGGCUAGUUUUGCUAGCCAGCUUGCUUUGGGGAUUCCAUCUCCACCUUCCAAGACUGCCAACCCACCUAACAUUAUGUUGGUUCUGGAGAUCCAAACACCAGUUCUUAGGGUUGCUCACAGAUUGGAGGUAGAGAGACAGGUCAGAGGGGUAUGGAGGCUCCUUGGAUUCUCCUUAGGAGCAUCUCUCUCUUCCUGGGUCCUGUAUCCUAGGGAACACUCGUCUGGGAUUGUGGUUCUUACCCAGGUGCUGUUGGAGUUGGGCCCUGCGAGUCUUCUGUAGAUAUUUUUUCUCGUCACCUGCCUGGCUCGUCUCUGUUGCUGCUGUCACGGGUAGUGUUUUGAGCUAGAUGGUAGACGUAUGCCUGCACGUGCCCAGGCUUCCCCAUCCUAGAUGACAGACGUAUGCCUGCACGUGCCCAGGCUUCCCCAUCCUAGAUGGCAGACGUAUGCCUGCACGUGCCCAGGCUUCCCCAUCCUAGAUGGCAGACGUAUACCUGCACGUGCACGUGCCCAGGCUUCCUCAUCCUAGCGGAAGCUGAUUCCUUGUCAUUUGGCCUGUAGUCCAGAUCGCUGCAGGCCUCGGGGGCCCAGCACAACUGAUGCUUAAGGCAAUGGAGAGAAUAUGAGGUUGGAGUCAGAUUCUAGGGUUCCUUGUGAGCAAGACACUACAUUUCCUGAAUCUCAGGAUCUUCUGACAUGGGAACACCUUACCUCAGAGUGCUGUUGAGAAGCCACAUGGCACCUUCUUCCCUACCUCCCUCCGCUCUAGCCCCACACACCCUUGCCCAUACUACUGAGGUGGGAUAUUCCAACUCACCGGAUAUUGCUCACCGGUUGCAACUCAACAGCUACUCUCAGCCCACUGCCAAAGUGUUUCUGUACACAGUGGCUCUGCCAAGGUCUGAAACUGUCUCACUGUCAUGAGGCAAGUGCCCAAGCUCGGCGCUGUUUGAGCCCUGCUGUGCUUCAGCCGUGGCCAGCUCUCCUUCCCUGCACUCCCAGGUCUACACCUGUCACAGGCCACUUCAAAUACCAACAGGGAUACAGUAGACUGGCUUUGGAGCAGCCUCAGGCUUUCCCCUCAUGCCUCUUAGCAUGUCCCACAAGGAGUCCAUGUCCUGUCUUGGCUUCAGUUUCUCUGAGUGAGUGAGAGAGAGAGAGAGAGAGAACGGCACUCCUGAGGGUGGACACUCUAGCUGAGUCUUCUUCCUGCCCUCCAGGGUGGGAGGUUGUCUCAGUGAGAUGCCUCCAGGAGGGGAAGGAGAAGGAGGCAGCUGCUUUGUGUGAGCAGGAGCAGAUGGUGAAUGGGUGUCCAUCAUCUCAUCCGGGCCAACCACAGGGGGAUGACUCGGCUGGGCAAACAAGCAGACACACCCUCUCCACUCCCCAGCUGCCCCCUGAAGCAUCAAGAGAAAGCACCCACCAACCUGGGACCUGGGGGAGGGGGAACUGGGCUUGGGCUCUGGCCAGAGCCUCCAAGCCCCACCAGCUGCCACUUCCUGUGUGACAGUGAGCACUCUCCGCUGCAACGUGGACAUUGCUGACUCGGCGGGCUGCUUCUCUGUCCCCCUUGAAGGGGAAGUUUGUGUGAAGCCAGGGCCAGUCCAGGAGGCCCUGCGCUGCGCUGAGUAGAAGAUUAGGUUUUUCUCUGGCAUUUGAGAAAAUUGGAUUCAGUUCUGGAAUUUAUAGCUAUAUGACCACAGUUGUCCCCAAAUCCACCUGGCAGUAAAUCUGAAAAAAUGUGCCUUCCCCUGGGCUUAAGUUGGCCAAAGCUUGUGUUUACACGUGUGCUGUUGGCCCUAUGCCCUUCUGCAGUUCACAGUCAAUACAGCUGUACCCAGCAGCCAUGUGCGUGUGUACCCUCAGGAAGUCAGGGGUUCUUAAUCUCACUUAGCUUCAGAUCAGCACCCCACCCCUCAAAAUGGGAUUAUGCAGUGAUUUCUUAACUCAUUUCCAAAGCUGUUAAAGAGGCUCGUAGCCACUGGAAUUCUCAGGCAGUUACGGCUUCCUGUGUGUUCCCAUGGCAACCAGAGAUUGCUGUACCCUCUAAAACACAUUUACAAGUUUUACAGGUUGGACUAAAAUAUGGACCACACCUUUCUCAAGGUCACACGUGUUCAGGCUGUUUCUGCCUUGGUUUAGGCCUGUGGGCAAACAGGCAGGAAUCCCCAGAGGGCUAAGUCUCUAGUAGACCUGACCAAUGGACACCAGGAAAUCACAAUGGCGUCACCCAGACACAGCCUUUAAGCCAGAUCUGCUGGUCAGAACAAUAGUGUUAGUCUCUGUGGGAAGCCCAGGAUACCCCCACAUCUGGCAGAACCCCUCCCAGCUUCCAGCACUGGGGGUAAGGACCGUUGUGUUGGGAGUAGGGGCAGUCUGACAGCCAGAGCUGCAGAGCUCUGCCUGGGGCUUGGCCCAGUCAGUCUCAAGAAUUGUCAGCCACAGUUGUUAACUGCUAUGGAUAUAUCACUGCUUGGGGCAAGUCCUGCCACCUUCUGGAUUCCCUCCAGACAUGGUGGCAUCCACUGAAUUCCAGGCCUUUUCUGAGCAUUGAGCAUACAGCCAAUGUUGCUGGCCUCUCACAGGCUUGCUUGGAGUGUCAUGGGAAAGCCUCUAGGAUGCAGACGAGUGGAAGUGGUCUUAACUCCGGGGCUCAGGGGCCCCUGGAAGUUGCUAGAAAACACUGGAAUCUACAGCACAGAAGCUGAGACACUCAGGUCAUGUGACUUUUAAAAGAUGGAGCUGACACCAAAUCUAGAGACAACCUAGCUCCAGGACCUGAGCUCUGGCUUCCGCUCUCCUGGUUAGUGCUUUGAGAUCCUGGUUGAGCGGUAUACACAGUGGGGGUGGGGGGUAGAUCAUGACCUUGAGUGCCAGCCAGGCAAGGCAGUCUGGCUUUUCUCCAAGGUUUGGGGCAGCAGCUGGUUGUCCCUACAUGGUGAGGCAGUCAGGUCCAGGGGAUACUGUGGCUUGGAAGGCCAUGGAAGUGUGUUGGCUUGCCAAAAGAGGUGGUCUUGGAGUAUGGGAAUCCCAAACAAGAGUCAUGAAGUGACAGAGCAAGGCAGGCAGGGUGCUGAGAACAAGUCUCUGGAUUCAGGGUGAAAGCUUAGGGUUCUGGGAUUACAGCCAAGGUCCAAGUUCUAGCAACUUCAAUGCAGGCUGAUGAGGUUGUAUGUUCCCUGAAAAAGAGCUGGCCGCAGGUUGAACAGGGGCAGUAAUGGGAAAGGGAAGAAGAGGUUUCCCGUUCUCAGAACAGAGUUGGUGGGCUUGGAUAGGGCCAGACCCAAAGGGAUCGGACCUCAUAGCUACUUCCUCUUUCCCACAGUGUGGUACCGCUUCAUCCGAACAGGCACGUGAAGCAGCUCCUGGGCAGGAGAGGCAGCAGGGGUGGAAGCCCCUUCCCUCCGCCCAAUCACAGCCAGACCUUAGGAGGGAACACAAGAGCCACCUUGAGCCAGAAAAGGGUUCUUCUAACGCAGUCCCACCCUAAAACCAAAUCAAAUCCCAGCACAGUCUUGGGCUCCUACGUCAUCCCAGGCCUAACCCAAAUCAUAAACCCAGCCCCACCUUACCUGCAACCUCACUGCAAACUCCACUCAAAGGAGUCCGAACCCAGCCCCGCAGCCUCCAUGCCCCUUAGUCUCCAUCGCAGACUGUCCCACCCAGGCACCCACAUGCAGACCCAACAUGCUCCAUCCUCAAAGCCCAGCUCCAACUCUUAGCAGGAACUCCCAGCCCCUGACUGACUGCCUAGUCCUCGUGUUAGCCCAGCUCGCCCUGUAACCCCACCCCAGUGUACCCCUCUCUUUCUUCCCCACCACAUCAUUCCUCCCAUUGGCAGCGACAGUGACCUCACCUCCAACCCAGCUCACUGGUACCCAGCAACUGCCUAUCCGUGCUGAGCUGCACCCUUGUGGAGCACAUGGAUUACACGUGUACUUGUCUGCAGUUACACAGACACACUGUUUCCUGAAGUACACACCCACCUCCUCACAUAUAUGUAUAAACAUAGACACACUUCAGGACAAAUACACAUACUUUAGUGUAUGCACACAUUCCUAGUAAUAUACACAUCUCCAUGUACACACAGACACCUCAGCACACACACAUUCAUCCUUAACAUAGACUCAUAUACUCUUUAGUGUACAUGUGCAUAUGCAAUCAUAUACACACCUCGGUUAUGUCAUCCUUGGACAUACAUAGGUACAUCCAUCCGCAUGCUCAGUGCCUACACACAAACACACACACUCUUCGGUGCACACACAAACACACCUAUGCACAAAUUCCUUUCAGAAUACCUACAUAUAUCCUUCGAUACACACCUCAACAUAUGUACUCAUACACAUCUCAGUGCACACAUACAUACUCCUUCAGUGUGCACACACAUAAACCUCAGUGUACAUACAUGACACUUCUCAGUGAAUUCACGCAUUUGCACGACUCCACAGUGAUGGAGGUGCACAGAAGUCCAGUCUAGCUUAAGAGCAUUUCAGGACCAAAUGUUUCCUGCCCCUGCCUCUGGGUUAAAUACUUUCUAGUCCCUUCUUCCCAGGCUCCUCUCCCAUCCAGGGAUGCUGUCCCUCACCCUGACUUUCUGGAUAUGCAGCCAUUGUGGUGGAGCAACAGGAAGAAAAGGAGGCCCCAGGACAGCUUUCUCUAGAGUCCUGGGGCUCAUACACCCUAGGACCUGGAGUGGGCACACACUACAUUAGGCAUGUUCGAUCCUAAAGGUCAGAUUGGAGGGGCCCAGCUUCGCAUAGAUCCAUCUCAGCCACUGAGAGCAGGGUGGGGCAGGUCAGAGGGGCCAUACCACCUGAGAACCUGCAGUAGCUGGGCUAGGCAGGUGGCCGUCAGAGGAGACAGUGGGAGCCAGGAGGAGCUGCUGCUAUUCGGGUAACAGACACCUUCAGCAAGGCCUCCCUGUGUGCCAGGAACUGCAUGGAACACCUAGGAAAUCCGCAUAGAAUCCAGCAUGAGGGCAUCUGCCAUCCGGGGAGGUAUUCACAUUGGUCUGCGUAAGACCCUGAUGGGACAAUGGGACUUGGAGAGCAGGCAUCUGCCAGUGACUCUCACAUCAAAAACAGGCAGGUGGUGGGAUUUGAAUGCAUGCCUGAGAAUGGCGGAGUUGAAUCACAGAGACCAAGUUUGGAGUGUGUUCUGAGUCGUGUGUUCCCAAUCUCCCCAUUCUCCUUUCUUGGGGUUCACUUUUCUCAUCCAGGCCCAGCUCACCUCUGACUCCUAGCAGCCCCUGUGGACAGAAAUACCCCAUCCUCAAGCCUCUGCAUUGGCUUGAGCUCCUUGGGGAGACCUCCUGUCCCAAAUGGGAGAUGCCUCUUUCAUACUCCCCACCCCUAUGCUAAUGGCCCUGUCUCUGUUGUCAUUGUCGUCACAGUCACCUUUCUGGGCCUCUUUCUUCAAGGGCAGGGCUGGGUCUACAGGGCCUGGCCCAGAGUAAAUGCAGGACCCAGCCCAGCUGUGGGUCAAAGUAGUGCCCAGGGAGGGGCUGGGGCUCUGUUGAUCUCUUAUCUCCCAGGCUCCCUUGACCUUAUCUGAUGGGGCUCAACAGGCAGCAGAUGAGGCUGACAAGGCCCCAGGGUUACUGAGUAACCCCGGGCUCUUUAAAAGUCUCCCUGUUUACCCCGACACCCAGCAUGGGCCAGUUCUCUGCACUGCACACUGCUACCAUGAAGGCCUGUUUGCUCUCUUUGCUGUGCCUCCUGGGUGCCUUGGCUGUCCUGGUAGAGGGGGUCACUGUGCAGGAUGGGGACCUCUCCUUUCCUCUGGAGUCAGUCAAACAGCUUAAGGACCUCAAAGAGGAACCAAAGCCCCGGCUGGUGAGUCACAAGAGGUUGGCCGCCAGGGCUCCUCAGCCUGUGACACCAUCGCUGUGCAGCCACCCUGCCUUUCCGGAAGCUCUGAAGCCCCUCUGCACGAAACCCAACGCUGAGGAGAUCCUGCGGAGACUGAGGGCCAUUGCUCAGGACCCAAACACAUGUGAGAUCUGUGCCUACGCUGCCUGCACCGGAUGCUAGGAUGACUUGUCUUCUCGGCCAGCGAGGAAGCCCCUGCUACCUUCUAGAAGCAAGGGCCUGACAAAUUCCCGCCCCCAGCAUCUCAGCCUACCCUGCCCAUGCAGGGAGGAGGCUGAGGAGAUAACUACUUGGGGAGUCCUACCUUCAGCCAAUAAACCAGACUCCUGUA